GCAUCAGAAGGAGAAGGUUUCUGGACAGACGGUGCCUACACGACAUCGCCAAGUCCACCACCUGUACCGGAACAUAAACGCGUACUCGAAGAAGAACUGCGAGUCAGCGAAAUUGGAUUAUCACGAGCCUCCACGGAACCUCAAUUUAUCAGAGGUUUCCACAGAGAAUACACGGUGGAUGAAAGCAGUAGUAUUACAAUCGAAUGCAUUGUGGUCGGUAAUCCAAGGCCAAGAGUGCGAUUCUACCAUAAUGACAGGGAAAUCAGGGAAGAUUCUAAGUUUGUCAAGAUUGUUACCUCAGUCGACACCUACUCGAUAGUGAUCGAAAAAGCGCGUUUAGAACAUGCUGGUUACUACAAAGUUGUAGCCGAGAACACGCGAGGAAAAACGGAGUCAAUAACAAUGCUGCAUGUUCGACCACAAUCUUUGAUCCAACAUCACAAGAGGAACGGUGUCGCUGUGCCAUCUCAGAAGAUCACUGAAUGUAAAUCGCCAACUGAGCAUACUACGGUAACGGAAGAAUUUGCCAUGUUUGAGUAUGAGCAAAGACGACCGCAGAAGCAUGAGACAAGUCGAUUAGUGACCCCACCACCAGCGAAGAGGUUCCAAGGUCGAAGAGAUGAGGUGGAAAUGUUAGAACAGUACGAUUUGCAACAGCAACAAUCUGCAGGUCAUCCUCCUCAUUUCACACAGACUUUAGUGGCAGCCGUCGCAGUUGAUGGAGAAUCUGCGCGAUUUGAAGGCAUCGUGACCGGAUGGCCAGCCCCUACCAUAGAAUGGACCAAAGACGGCGUACCCUUUACCCGAACAUCUCUACCAGACGUUGAAGUUAGCAAUAUUGGUGGCAGAGUCUCUCUUUCAUUUAAGAACUGCCGCAGUAUCCAUGCUGGUAAAUAUAUGUGCACAGCCCGCAACCCUAGUGGAGUGGCUACAAGCAGUGCACAACUUGUAGUCCGUCGUAAGUUCUCGCAGACUCCAAGGACAGUCGCACCAGAUUUCACGCAGAGGUUGAUAAGUGAAGAAAAGGUUGAAGGCGAACAAUUAAGAUGGACAGUUAAAGUGACCGGUGAUCCUUUACCAAAGAAUUUUUCCAAAAAAAAUCUCGAUGCCGCUGGAGCAUGCACUGGACAAGGACAACCAUCAAAGACAUACUGUCUCGAUUUACCAUCUGCUGCCUUCUACCAGCGUAGAGUGUUCCCGCUUCCUAUAUCAGAAAAAUUCUGA